CUGCCUAGUCCCCUCUGACGGUGGCUGCUCUCCCAGCAGGAGGGGGAUGGGUUCUCACUGGAAAGCACCUCACACCCAUCACCAGCUCCCCCCUGGAGCCAGGCAACCCAGGCUUCUCACCCUCGCUCCUCUACUUCCUUGCUGGGUGACCUUGGAAAAGCCCCUUUCCCUCUCUGGGCCCAGUUUCUCCAUUGGGGAAAUUGGUAACAAUUACAAGACUUGCUUCAAAGGGUGAGAGGGAGCCCAAAGCCUCCUCAUGUAUGUUGGGAGCCCAGGAGGGUGCCUAGAACUGGGAGGUCACAAAGCAGCAGAGGCAGAGAGAACAGAGACCACGUGGGGACACCGGGUGGUGGUUGGGCCAUCAUCUGACACACCGAGACUUAAAGGAGCUUUGCUUUUCAGAGAUGAGGGCAGAGGGAAUGUCCCCCCUCCUGGCUCUGGGGCUCCUGGUGGCUGGGCUCUGCUCCAGUGUCCACUGCCUCCCAGGGGGUGGGCUUGACCCGGAGGAUGUGACCCCAGAGGACCAACACAAAGGGGCGCCUGUGGACGACCACACUUUCGUCUCCAGCAACACCGACUUCGCCUUCAGCCUCUACAAGCAGUUGGCUUUGAAGACCUCCAAUGAGAAUGUCAUCUUCUCCCCCCUGAGCGUCUCAAUGGCCUUGGCCUUCCUGUCCCUGGGGGCCUGCGGACCCACCCUGACGGAGACCCUGGAAGGCCUCAAGUUCAACCUCACAGAGACCCCCGAGACAGAAAUCCACCAGGGCUUCCAGCACCUCCUGCAGACGCUCGGCCGACCCAGCGACCAGCGGCAGCUGAGCGUGGGCAACGCCAUGUUUGUCCAGGAACAGCUGAAGCUUCUGGACAAGUUCAGGGAAGAUGCCCGGGCGCUGUGUGCCUCUGAGGCCUUCUCCACCGACUUCCGGGAUUCCGACACUGCCAAGAAGCUCAUCAAUGGCUAUGUGAGGUAUAAAACGCAGGGGAAAAUUGUGGAGCUGUUCAAAAAUGUUUCCCAGAGCACAGUGAUGGUCCUGGUGAAUUACGUCUACUUUAAAGCCCAGUGGAAGAAGCCCUUUGAUCCCAGCCAUACUUAUAAGUCAGAGUUCCACGUGAGUGAGAACAGGACAGUGGAGGUGCCCAUGAUGACCACUGGGGGCCUGGAAACGCCUUACUUCCGGGACGAGGAGCCCUGCACCGCGCUGGAGCUCAGGUACACCAGCGACAACAGCGCGCCCUUCAUCCUCCCUGACGAGGGCAAAAUGCACGACCUGGAGGCCAAGCUGCUCCCAGAGACGCUGAGGAGGUGGAGAGACUCCCUGCAGCCCAGACGGAUAGAUGAACUCAACUUGCCAAGGUUUUCCAUCUCCAGCGACUAUAAGCUGAGAAACAUAGUUUCCCAGCUGGGUAUUAAGAAAGUCUUCAACCACGAGUCUGACCUGUCAGGAAUCACAGAGGUCAACAAGCUGGGGCUUUCCGAGGUGGUCCGCCAGGCCAUGCUUGAUGUGGGUGAGGAAGGCAUGGAAGGAGCUGCUGCCACUGGAAUCAAGAUGAUGACUUCAACCUUACAAGCAUUCGUUGCUAGUUUGGGCAGGCCCUUUCUGAUUUCCGCAAUUCACAAAGAUACUCAGAGCAUCAUCUUUUUGGGGAAAGUCACCAAACCCAGUCAAGCCUAGGCCUCCCCUCUGAGUGGCGGGUCCCUUCGCUAAGUAGCUAGUAGCCCUGGUCCCUGGGAGCAGCCUGGCCCCUGUGCACCGAGGAGCCCCUUGCCUGGUCCCACCUGCUCACCCUUGGGAAGGUGACAGUGACUCUGCUGGGGGCUCCACAUGCACAGGGAGUCUGUGCCUUGGUCAGUAAGAGGCUCCGAGCCCUACGAAAGCAAUAAGCCACCUUCCUUGGACUGGACUCUUUCCUGUGUGUCUCCACGCUGAUCUGCCUGACU